AUGCGCAUGGAGAGACAAGCUGAGUUUCUUGAUAAAGCUGCCGAUAUAGUUCAGUCUGAAGUGCCGCCUGUGUCUCUAGUAGGGCGCCAAGAUGAUGUUGAGGUUCAGAGUGGAGACAGAGAUACUUUGGGGGACUCAGGUCUUCUAACAAAAAAAUUGGCUAGUGUCAUUGUGUCUCCGCCAUUACGAAGAGCAUCCAUGAAAGAUAAUGUAACCAUCCGUAGUAGGAGUGUAACUCGAUCUUUGUCCUUUGCGAAUGACGAGGAUGUUGACGAGGAGGAACAGGUCAUAGGCGCUCUGGCUGAUAUGCAAACAGAUGAAACACAUGAUGUAACGAGGCUGGAUCAAGAGGUUUAUGAUGAUGCUGAGGAUGAUCUCUUGGGCGAAGAAUUUAUGGAGUUGAGUGCCGAGGAGAGUAAAGGUGCAGAAGCUGGCGCAAAGAUGAAAACGGGAAGUAAGAGACAGUCAGGUCGCUCGGCUACUUCAUCAAGUAGUCUGGUAACGAAGCCGGGAUUCCUCCGUCGAGGGUCCCCUAGAUUGAGAGUGGCUAAGACCUCGACACAUACGGCAUCACGACAGAAGGCUGAGCAUUUGCGGCAUGAGAUUUUGGGAUCGCGUGUAACCAUUACAAAGGAAGUUCCUCUACCAAGAGCAAAGGAAUGA